AUGAACUCGAGACAUACACGAGGAUACCUCACACGCCGGUACAACGCUCAGCACCAACGUGCGGCCUAGUUACACGGGCGGUGCGGGAGGGACGGCCGCUCUCCCGCCACCUCUAUACCCAGCUAACACACCGCAGCUCACACCAAUCACCUACAACUGCAAACAACCCACAACUAGUGGCCAAGAUGGCGGCCGCCGGCCAUGCUCCUGAGCCUCCUACCACCCAGCCUCUACAAAUGCAGCUAGCAAGCGAGCAUCCCCACGAGAACCGCAUAGCAUCAGCCUUUGAUCAAUUUUGGGCAAGACUAUGGGCCAAAAUGGCACAGACUCCAACAGCCAAAACGGUCCCGAGAAAAGCCAUCACCUCCCCUACAUAUACAUCAGCUCCGCAAAGCAAUACAGAGACACUAACUGGGAUGAAGCAGGAGAGGGGAGGGAGGGCUAAGCCCCGACACACCAGCCGCGGACCACACAUCAGACACCGCCAGCUGGGGUCCCGACAUAAGUGGAGAACCAACUCACACGACCCACGGCCACUUACGAUAUGGAGACACACUUGGAGGGUCCGUGCUCGUCCUACGGCCAGCAAAACCAAAACCAAGUUGGACACUCAACGCAUUAACCACCCAAAACCCUGCAAUGCCACUACAAAUGCACAGUAG